GCCGCGCCGUGACCCCCCCUCAUUAAUAAAUCCCGGCCGGCCGUGCGGGGUCUUUGUUUCACGCCGCGGGCGGAGGGUGGAGGCGGCUCCGACCGAUCCCCAGCACUGACCAGCAAUGCCAUCGGCCAUGGAGGGCCCGGAGGCGGGAGAGGACGCGGAUGUCUCGCGCUACGAGGAAACAGAAGACAACAAUGUCAGCCCCACGGACCUGUCGGAGCUGCUGAAGGAGGGCACUAAGGAAUCCCACGACCGUGCCGAGAACACCCAGUUUGUCAAGGACUUCCUGAAAGGACGGAUCAGGAAGGAGCUCUUCAAGCUGGCCACAGUGGCCCUGCACUUCACCUACUCUGCCCUGGAGGAGGAGAUGGAUCGCAACAAGGACAACCCGGUCUUUGCUCCUCUCUAUUUCCCCGUGGAGCUUCACCGGAGGGAAGCACUGGCUAAAGACCUUAAAUAUUUCUAUGGAGAAGACUGGAAAGAGAAGAUCCAGUGUUCAGAGGCAACUCAGCAAUAUGUGGACAGAAUCCAUCACGUGGGACAGCACGAGCCAGAGCUGCUGGUGGCUCACGCUUACACCCGCUACAUGGGGGACCUCUCAGGUGGCCAGGUGCUGAAGAAGGUGGCCCAGAGGGCCCUAAAGUUGCCCAGUACUGGGGAAGGGAUCCAGUUCUACGUGUUUGAGAACGUUUCCAAUGCACAGCAGUUCAAGCAGCUUUACAGAGCAAGGAUGAAUGCUCUGGACUUGGAUAAGAACACCAAGGAAAGGAUCGUGGAAGAGGCCAACAGAGCCUUCAGAUUUAACAUGCAGGUGUUUGAUGAGCUGGACAAGAUCGGCAGGUCGCUGCCAGAAGAAGCCCAAGACGGAGGGUUUCCAGUGCACGACGGAAAAGGAGACAUCCGCAAAUGCCCCUACUACGCAGACAAACUGGGCGCGGCAGGGCCCGGCUGCCCCUUCCACGCCGCGGUGGGUCUGGCCAGGCAGCCCCUCGUGCAGCUGGUGCUGGCAGCCUGCGUGGCAGUGGCAGCAGGAGCUGCAGCCUGGUACAUCCUGUGACUGGCACGGCGUGGGGGCAAGGAGAGAGACGUGCCCUGUCCGUUUUCAGACCCUUCCCUUGCUGGUGGUGAGUUGGCUGCAGAGUUGGAGUGAGGAAGUAAACGGGAAUCCUGCGGGACUGUCCAAGCCUCCUUGCACACCGCUGUAACGUGAUGUCUUUAGCUGACUAGUGCCCAGGACUGGUCGGUGUGAGGGGGUGAGGAUUCCACUGCAGCACUGCCCUGCCCUGCCCAGGCUGGGGCAGCUUUUAAGGCUAAAGAUGUCCUGUCCUGUCCUGGCAAAGGCUUCACGUGCUUGGCUUUUCAUCUCCAUCCCCAGAGCAGUGUCCGGAGGCGGUUUCCUGCCCUGGGCUGCAUCCCCAGAAUGUGUCAUCAGCCUCUUCAGCAAAGAGCACUUGCUUUCCCACCCUGAGAAGCUGAGGCUGUGCUGUGGGGCUGUUACCUCAAAGGAGAGUCCUGUUGGGUGUGCUGUCCCAAGGACCUGGUCUUACUCCUGUUGGAGGGAGCACCCUGGGGAUGGGGACAGGACUGUGAGGGGGUAUGGAGGUGACAGAUGUGUAUUGUGCAACUUUGGGGUUGAGGGUUGGUUGUUGGUUAUUUUUCCUGAAGCCUUGACUGAAAUAAAAAGUUACAAUGCUAUA